AUGUUGAAUAGCUCCACACCAUCAAGAGAUUUUGAUGGUUUAGUAGGGAUGAAAGCUCAUAUGGAAGACUUAGAACCGUUACUAAGCUUAGAUUUGGAUGAAGUAAGGAUGAUUGGGAUUUGGGGGCCACCUGGGAUUGGUAAGACGACCAUCUCCAGAGUUCUGUUUAACCGAGUCUCUAACAGAUUCCAACUUGCCGCAAUCAUGGUUAAUAUCAAAAGCUGCUAUCCAAGACCUUGUUUGGAUGAUUAUAGUGCAAAAUUGCAACUACAAAACCAAAUGCUGUCCCAGAUGAUCAAUCAGAAAGAAAUCACGAUAUCUCAUUUAGGGGUGGCAAAAGAACGGUUAAAAGACAAGAAAGUGUUACUUGUUCUUGAUGAUGUGGAUCAUGUACAACAACUAGAGGCCUUGGCGAAAGAAAAUCAAUGCUUUGGUCCUGGAAGUCGGAUUAUAAUCACAACAGAAGAUCAAGGAAUUUUAAACUCCCAUGGGAUCAAUCAUAUAUACAAAGUGAAAUUUCCAUCAAAUGAUGAGACUUUUCAAAUCUUUUGUAUGCAUGCCUUUGGUCAGAAAAACCCAUAUGAAGGCUUCUAUGAGCUUGCUCAGGAAGUUGCAUACCUUGCUGAUAAACUCCCUUUGGGAUUGAAGGUUCUAGGCUCCGCUUUGAAAGGAAGGUCCAAGCUAGAGUGGGAAAGGACACUACCAAUGUUAAAGACCAGUCUUAAUGGAGAAAUAAAGAGCAUUAUAAAGUUCAGUUACGAUGCCUUAGAUGAUGAAUAUAAAUAUUUAUUUCUCUAUAUAGCCUGCUUUUUCAACGACGAAGAUCAACAUAAAGUGGAAGAGAUUCUUCCAAAGAAGUUCUUGCAUGUGACGAAAGCUGGUAUUCAUGUCUUAGCUGAGAAAUCUUUCAUAUCUUUUGACAAUAUUACCGGAUAUAUACAUAUGCAUGCUGUGCUAGCACAAUUCGGAAGAGAGAUUUCUCGUAAGCAAUUCGUCCACACUGAUCAGAACUCAAAAUAUCAGCUUUUGAUUGAUAAAAAAGAUAUCUCUGAAGUGCUUAGUAAUGAUAAAACUGAUGAUAGACGGUUUAUAGGCAUGCAUUUAUCUAUGACUGAGAAAGAAUUGAAGAUAAGUAAGAAAGCACUUAAAAGAAUCUUUAUAAACCAAUCCUGUCAUCAUUUUCUUAUUGUUUCAAUGCAGCAACUUAAAAAUCUCAAGUGGAUGGAUUUGUCUUUUUCUAAAGAUCUGAAAGAGCUUCCCGAUCUUUCAACCGCAAUUAAUCUUGAAGAGUUAAAUCUCAUUUGUUGUGGGAGUUUAAGGAAGCUUCCUUCUUCUAUUGGGAAUGCAACCAAUCUCCAGAAAUUAGACCUCUCUCAAUGCUCAAAGCUGGUGAAAAUCCCUUCUUCUAUUGAGAAUUUGACCAAUCUCCAGAAAUUAGAUCUCUCUAAUUGCUCGAAUCUUGUGGAGCUUCCCUAUAUUGGGAAUGCAACUAAACUCGAGAAGUUGAAUCUUUGGAAUUGUUCAAGUCUUGUGAAACUCCCGUCUUCUAUAAAUAAUGCGACUAAACUUGAGGUAUUGAAUCUCGAUAAUUGCUCAAGUCUACUAGAGCUCCCUGCUAUCGAGAAUGCGACUAAACUUGAGGAAUUGGAUCUCAAUUAUUGCUCAAGUCUACUCGAGCUCCCUCCUUCUAUUGGAACUGCCAAAAAUCUCAAGUAUUUGAAUGUUAGUGGAUGUUCAAGUCUCGUGAAUCUCCCCUCCUCUAUUGGAGAUCUCACUAAUCUCGAUUAUUUGAAUCUAUCUCACUGCUCAAAUCUGGUGGAGCUUCCUUCUUCCAUAGGGAACCUUCAGCGAUUGCGUUAUUUGAGAAUGAGAGGAUGCUCAAAGCUAGAGGCUCUUCCAACCAACAUCAACUUGAAAUCUCUCGGUAUUCUUGAUCUCACAGAUUGCUCGCAGUUGAAAAGUUUUCCUGAGAUCUCCACAAACAUUAAGGAGCUGUCGCUCACCGGAACUGCAAUAAAAGAAGUUCCUUUGUCGAUCUUGUCGUGGUCUCGUCUUUCUUAUUUCCGUAUGUCAUACUUUGAAAGCCUCAAGGAAUUCCCGCAUGCUCUUGACAUCAUCACGGAGCUGCAGUUGAACGAAGAUAUACAAGAAGUUGCUCCAUGGGUCAAGGAAAUGUCUCGUUUACGUGAACUUGGACUCCACAACUGCAAGAAUCUGGUAUCACUCCCCCAAUUUUCAGAUUCCCUAUGUGACAUAGAUGCAGACAAUUGUCAAUCCCUUGAGAGGCUCGAUUGUUCCUUUAACAAUCCAGAGAUCCGUCUUAAGUUCAGGAACUGCUUCAAACUGAAUCAAGAAGCCAGAGAUCUCAUCAUGCACACAUCCACUUCUAGAUAUGCGGUGUUACCAAGUAAACAAGUGCCUGCCUGCUUCAAUCACCGAGCUACUGCUGGAGGUUUAUUGACAAUCAAGUUAAAUGAGUCGCCUCUUCCUAAAUCUUUGAGAUUUAAGGCUUGCAUCAUGCUGGUUAAUAUUAAUGAAGAAUCGGUUGAUGAUUCGAUGCAUGUAGAUAUUGAAAUCAUGGACAAACAGAAUGAUCUCAAAGUUCGGUGUACACCAAGCGGCCAUUACAUAUAUCGAUUUUUAACAGAGCAUAUCUACAUAUUUGAAGUUGAAGCAGAGGAUGUGACUUCCACCGAGCUUCUCUUUGAGAUCGGAAUAGGCUAUAAUAAGAAGUGGAAGAUCGGAGAAUGGGUAUCUCCGAGAAAGGAUUUGCAAUUUUUGAGAAAGCCUCUGGAUGCACAAGAGGGCGUUCUUGGUGACCUCAGCGUUGUUGUCACUCGUUCUUUUGCCUUGAGGGCUGUUACGAUCACUCUCCCCGCUGCGUGGUACUGUAUGAAUUGUGAGAGAUCAAAGCAUGCCACCGCCAAUGAUCUUGGAUCACUUGACGUGUCCAGCAUCGUGAGGAGGAUCGGACCCUGA